AUGGGCUCGAACCGAAAAGUGGCGUUGAUAACAGGAAUUACCGGCCAAGAUGGUUCGUAUCUCGCGGAAUUUCUCUUGGGUAAAGGUUAUGAAGUGCAUGGGAUAGUACGGCGCUCAAGUUCAUUCAACACUGGAAGAAUAAAGCAUUUGUACAAGGACUCGAAGACUCAUGAGGAGCCUUACUACGUGAACGUAAUACCUCUAGACUGUCUAAGUAGCACAGAUCACUUUUAUUAUAGUACGUGCUUCGGCCUACUUCAUAUGUUAGAGCCUCGUGUUUCAGUACAGUUUUAUAGCAAACUGGUUAGUGAGUACACAGCCGAUGUCGAUGCUCUGGGUACUCUGAGGUUGCUAGAUGCGAUCAAAACGUGCGGCUUGGAAAAAACAGUCAAAUUUUAUGAGGCAGCAACAUCAGAAAUGUUCGGAAAGGUUCAAGAGAUUCCCCAAAAGGAAACGACUCCUUUUUAUCCUCGUUCACCAUAUGGGGUUGCUAAAGUUUAUGCUUACUGGAUAACUGUGAACUACCGUGAGUCCUAUGGGAUGUUCGCUUGUAAUGGUAUUCUGUUCAACCAUGAGUCUCCGCGGCGGGGAGAUAAUUUUGUGACUCGAAAAGUAUCAAGAUCUGUGGCGAAAAUUAGUCUUGGCCUUGCGGAAUCCUUCGAACUCGGUAAUCUGGACGCAUCUCGUGAUUGGGGCUUCGCCAAAGAAUACGUGGAAGCUAUGUGGAUGAUGUUACAACAAGAUGAACCGGACGAUUACGUUAUUGCCACGGGUGAGACGCACACCGUCAGAGAGUUUGUUGAACUAGCGUUCUCACAGAUCGGAAUAGAAAUAGAAUGGUUUGGGAAAGGGGCUGAAGAAGUUGGCAAAUGUAAGAAGACCGGCAUUACUCGUGUGAAGAUAAAUCCGAAAUACUAUCGACCUACAGAAGUCGAUGAAUUACUCGGAGAUGCCAGUAAGGCUAAAGUUAAAUUGGGUUGGGAGCCAAAAACGACGUUUGCAGAGCUUGUUCAGCUUAUGGUGAACUCCGAUAUACAGGUUAUGAAGAGCGAUCCCACGGCUUAAGCCAAUUUUGGUGAUAUUAAGGUUUCGUUUCCGUGUGGUGAAUGGUGGCACUGACGUACUGUGGUAUGCAUAUUGCAAAGUUUGACAAUUCGAUUGUUCUGUUGUGAAGAUUUGGAAUUCCGAUGAUUUAUUUGUGUAUGGUGUUCAUUGUCACAUGUGGUGGAAAUCAGCAAUUUUUGGAUGGUGAAA